AUGGCAGACUCUGCAGCGCCUACGAAGCCCGUCCACACCAUCGUCCUCGAUGCCGGUCCCAUCCUCAAGAAUACCCCGCCGCUAUCCACUCUGCUCACACAAUGCGAAGAACUCCUCAUCACCCCCUCCGUUGUCAGUGAAAUCCGUGAUCCCGCCGCACGCCAGCGCGUCGAAACUUUGUACCUGCCCUUUUUGAAGCAGCGCACACCGUCCCCGAAGAGCGUGGCCAUCUUGAGCGAAUUCGCCCGCAAGACAGGUGAUCGGGCUGUGUUGAGUAGAACCGAUCUGGAGGUUCUGGCACUUGCGUAUGAGGUGGAGUGUGAGAGAAAUGGUGGCGAUUGGAGAUUGCGCAGUGUGCCGGGGCAGAAGCAAGUAAAUGGAAAGCCUCCGGUGAAGGAAGAGAAGGUUGAAGAGAAGGUCGAAGGUGCUGAGGUGGAUGCUGUUGUGGAAGACCUCAAGAGUGCAAGCUUGGAAGAUAAAGAGCAAGAGACAGGUGCACAGGAGACUGAAGUGCAGGAAACUCCCGCCGAGGCCGAGACGGAGGAACCGACUUCGCAGGAUGCCGAUGCUGCUGAGGAGGAAGAUGAUGCCGACGACUCGGACGGUGGCUGGAUCACGCCCUCCAACCUGAAGAAGCGGCAGGCCCGCGACGAGGCUGGCUCAACGACUGCGGCGCCGGAGCCCAAGGUGAUGCAGGUUGCGACCAUGACUACGGAUUUUGCUUGCCAAAACGUGUUGCUACAGAUGAACUUGAACCUGCUCUCGACCUCCACUCUGCAGAGAAUCCGUCACCUCAAAUCUUUCAUCAAGCGCUGCCAUGCUUGUUUCCUCACCACCAAGGACAUGAACAAGCAAUUCUGUCCCCGCUGCGGCAAGGACACGCUCACUCGUGUCUCCUGCACGACGCACGCCAACGGGCAGUUCACUAUGCAUCUGAAGAAGAACAUGCAGUGGAACAACCGCGGCAACGUUUUCAGUGUCCCGAAGCCCAUCCACGGCAGCUCCAAUGGCAAGUGGAAGGGAGGUGGCGGUAAGGGUGGCUGGGGAACGGAAUUGAUCCUCGCGGAGGACCAAAAGGAGUAUGUCAGAGCCACUGCGGAGCAGAACCGGAGACAGCGGAAAGAACACGACCUCAUGGACGAGGACUAUCUGCCGGGCAUUUUGACUGGAGAGCGGAGCAAGAACGGCCGGGUCAGGGUUGGAGCUGGCAGGAAUGUCAACUCGAGAAAGCGGUAA